AUGCGACCGCUAGAGAUCAGCCAAAUCCACGCACCCCUGAGCUGAGAGGCUAGUGUGGCUUUCUGUGCGAGUUGAGUCGCGCUGAUGGAAAUUCGCUCCUUUUAAUGAUUUUGGAAGGAUAAUAACCAACAACCAUCGCGUUUUCUCUACAUUUGGGAAGUGCCUCCACGGUCCGUCAGACGCAACCUUUUGGGAGGAAGAGCGGGGACUUCAACCUCGUAAUGUUUAACCCACACAUCCACCACCACCAUCACCACCAGCAGCAGCAGCAACAACAGUUCCAUCAACACCUGCGGCAGCUACAGCAACUUUUCCAGCAUCAGCAGCCUCCCCCUCCACCGCCUCCACCACCGCCUCCACCUCCGGCACAGCCGGCUCCAGCCCAUCAUGUCGGCCAUCACCACCACCAGACACAACGAGGCCUCCCCGUGCCUCCACAGGGAGGCCCCCCUCCCAGGAUGGUCAACCUGUGCCAGGCGACCCAGACUACCCUCAUAGGCCCCAAUCCCAUGAUGCAGGGUGCCUUAAUGAUGCAACAGAUGCAGAGUAACAUGCGGGGUUUUGGGAUGGUUGGACAGCAGUUUCGUCAGUUCUAUGCUGCGGCAAACAGGUCGUCCAUUCUGGGUCCGGUUCCGAUGGGCAUGACCAUGAAAUCCCCCAUCAGGGGUUACCCUGCUGCUCGGCCUUACCACUCUCACCCUCGCUACUACAAUAACUCUACCAGCACACCAGCCACCAGCGCAGCAUCCACCUCCUCUUCUACCACCACCAGCACGGAGGCUGUUGCUCGCCAGCAGGACAGGAAGAGGGACAGCGUGGAGAUGGCAGGCAACAGUGCGGAUGACGGUCCAGCAGCAAGCAAGGCUGAUGAGACGGAAAUGGGUGGUGCUGAGGGAUCGGUGGAAGGCUCUGCACAGAACUGUGAGCAACAGCUUGAGGAGCCUGCAGUGAAGAUGCAGAUAAUGGAGAUGGAAGGGUCAGAGGAGCCUCAAGAGCAGCAUGUCGGCACCACCAGUGCAGAUGGAGACGUUCUCUCUUUGGAGUACAACGCAGAAAGCAACCAGCCAGAAGACUGCAUCCUUCUAGAUGAAGGAGGCGAUGCUGAUGCUGAUGAGGGUCUGCAAGAGAGCAAUGCCGCUGAGGAGUACGGCUGCUCCAGUAUGCAGGGGGACUUUGCGGCGUCAUCAGACAAGCAGGAAGUGGAGGCGAGCGUUGCAGGUGGCGCCAAGUUCUACUGCUAUCUCUGCACCAUCACCUGCCACAGUCAGGAGAACUUCCGCAGACAUAUGAACAGCGUUUCGCACCAGCAGAGAAUGAUGGAGAUUCAGCACAUGAGCAACGCCUGCCUGGUCUCCCUGCUGCCACGACUGCACGAGACGCUACAAGGGGCCAGCAAAGACGGUGAGAAAAAAGCAGACACGCAGCGUUGGUGUGCCACCUGUCACGCCCACUACUCCACCACCAUCACUGACCAUCGACGCACAGAGGAGCACAAAUGUCUCUUCUUCUGUGUGCAGCUUGCAAAUAGAGCAGUUGUCUCAUCCUGCACUGUCUGCAAGAAACACUUCAGGACCUCAAAGCUAUUUGUGGCCCACUUACAGUCCCAGGAACACCGGCAGGGAUUAGAGAAGCUUCAGGAAAAGGAGGGCUCUGACGUUGCAUCCAAGCCAAUUGAUUUGGACGACUGUAUGCUGCUAGAGGACGACGAGGUGGAGGAAGUGGAGGAGGGGGAGGAGGAGGGCAGUGGGGAGACGCAGGACUAUGAGUCCCUCGAGAACCAGGAUGACUGGAGCUCGCAAAAAGAGGUGACCCUGAAGGAUAUGACCAAUGAUGAGCAGUAUGAUGCGGACACUGUUUAUGAGUCAAGUUCCUUCGUGCCAGUGGCCGGUUUCAUCUGCAGAAUUUGCAACAAGUUCUACCAUUUCGACUCCCCAGCUUUGCACACGCACUGCAAAUCUUUGAAGCACUUUGAGAACCUUAAGAGACAUAAAGAAAGGCUCGAGCAGACGUGUGAAGCUGAUGGAACCCUCGCUGACGAUGACAACCACCACAGGUCUCCAACAGAAACAACCGCAGACUACCUGGAGGAACACUCCCCCUCCAAUGAUGUAGACUUGGCAACGAACCUGAACAGUGCAGAGGACCAGGACACAGCAGAAGACCCUGGACCAACCUCACAGGACCUCACACAGCUCAACGAGGUCAACGAGGCCACUGAGGUCGACGAGGACACCAAUAAAGAGGAAGACGAGAAGCUGAACGCUACUGCUUUACCAGGGAAAAACAACAACAAAGGGUCGGCCAACACCAGACAACGUUCCAGGAGAACCGCCAAGCGACACUGAAGGACAAAUGGAGCAUCUGGAUGUGAUGUGUGGGUGUGUGAGAGAGAGGUGUUUCAUGGGUCCAGAAGGGGCCAGCCAGCUUCUUUGCAAUUUGAAUACAUACCGUGUCCAUUGCACAUAGGAGAUAACAAACAUCAGUUCCAGGCGUUUGGUUCUUGGCGGGUUGGACGCCACUGUUGUAGACGGUCAACUACUGUAUGAAGGGAACAUACCAAUACAAACUGAGCUUCUGUAAGUCAAAUCGGUCGACUCCAAUUUAGACGGUAGUCACUCGUUGAUUCAUCUCCUCAAGGUAAACUCCCAAGGUUUCAAAUCUUAAGCAAGUUUUUUUGUUCAUCGUUUAUAUUUUCACGUGGUUGCUGCUCGACAAAAAGCACCUAUCUUCAGAUGUCUAAAUCUUUUUUUAAUUUGUUUUAGAUAUUUGUCUAUUUUUCAAAAAUGAAUUAUGAAAAUGACAAAAAUCAACCAAUCGAGCUUUAUUGCAGACUCCAACGUCCAAGUAGACAUACAAUCACAUACAAUACAUGAAACAAACAAAAAAAAACAGUAUAAAAGGCAUUAUAACAUAUUAAAAACCGUGCUUGCGCAUGUUCAGUCAAAGGAAUCUAAUUAAUAAAAUAAAACAGCAAUACAUUUAAAAAAUACAUAUAUAUACUUUAAAAAUGCGUCUACACAUUUUAUAAAAGGCACAUAUACCAGUGUUUCCACAUAUUCCAUUGUAUAAAUCAGGGGUCGGGAACCUUUUUGGCUGAGAGAGCCAUGAAAGCCAAAUAUUUCAAAAUGUAUUUCCGUAAGAGCCAUAUAAUAUUUUUAACACUGAAUACAACUAAAUGCGUGCAUUUUUAAGGUGUAAUAAGUUGGGGCUGUAUAGCUCGGUUGGUAGAACGGCCGUGCCAGUAACUUGGGGGUUCGAUCCCCGCUUGCGCCAUCCUAGUCCCUGCCGUUGUGUCCUUGGGCAAGACACUUUACCCACUUCCUCCCACACUGGUUUAAAUGUAAAAAUUAGAUAUUGGGUUUCACUAUGUAAAGCGCUUUGAGUCAGUAGAGAAAAAGCGCUAUAUACUUCACUUCUUAUUCUUUUUAAUAACAUUGUUAUUCUAAAGCUAACCAAUAAUAAAUAUAAUACUUCUUACCAUUAACGCAACUUCUUGAACAGGUGCAAUGGUUGGAUUAAAAUGCAUGAGAAUGUUUAAUAAUUUGAACAUUAUUUUUAACACUUUGAUUACCAGCAGAAUUAUUCAUUACUUAUCGUGUUAAGCAAUGUCAGCUAAGAUUUAUCUGAGAGCCAGAUGCAGUCAUCAAAAGAGCCACAUCUGGCUCUAGAGCCAUAGGUUCCCUACCCCUGGUAUAAAUCAUAUAUGUACAAUUUUUUUUUUUUUUUAUGUUUUUAUCAGAACUUCAAAAAGGUUUGUGUAUGUAUAUAUAUGUAUGUAUUUAUAUAGUUAUAUAUAUAUACAUAUAUGUAUAUGUAUACAAUUUGAAUAUGAAGAUAUAUACUUUUUUAUUGAUUUUCUUGUUCCGCAUUUCCAAAAUUCCAAAUUACUUUUUAACUCAAGAUUAAAUGAAAAUUGUUUUGUUUGUUUUUAACUUAUAAACUUUGGAGAUAUGUGCUUUUUGUACUUUAUUUUCUUAAGCGAUGGCUGUCAAACAAAAAGCAUGUAUCUCCGUGGUCCGCGUAUCGUAUCUAUUUUGAAUGCAAGUCAAAAACCAAACAUUGUUUGGGCCGUUUUUAUUUUUUUAAUUUCUGAAACAAAAGUUGGACAACUAUUUAAUGACACUUUUUUUUAAACGACAAUAGGACUCCUGCUGAACAAAGAUCUUACCGUUAUACUAAAAACAUGCUGAACGCGAAGGAAAAGUUAAAAUACCGCUUCCGGUUCAAUUUGUCAUCACACAAACAAACACGCAUUUUUGCAUGUUGGAUGAACACAAAUUGGAUUUUUGUGUUUAUCUGGAAAAAUUUAAAUUCAUAAAAGGAAAAUGGCACAAAAUUCAAUUUUGUGGCAAUAUUUUAAUGAAAAUCAACCCUUUUUGGUUUUAUAAUCUGCCAUAUAUAUAUUAAAAAUCGUAAAAUGGCCUCAAUUUAGUUUUUUUGAUUUGUGUUUCACAAUUGGAAAUGGGAUGAACGGAAGGUAGACGGACCCUCCAUAUUUUUGAUGCGCAUAUUGUACCGUUACCCAAAAUACUAAUUGUUUGUUCAUAGAAUCCGUUAGAAAAAUGACAUUUGGAGAUACCUGCUUUGUGUUGUUGCCGUUUAUCUCCAGUUAGUUAAUUAGCAACACACAUGACUUAAGAAUAUUACGGUUGGAUUUUGAUUAAACUUUCAGGAAACAUCCAAAUUUGGAUAAGUGAAUACAUUUUGGAGGUGAGACGGAGCAUUUCGACUACCUUACCUUACGUUUACAUGACGAGUCAGGACUUCUGUGUGUUUGUGUAUGUUAAUGGUCCCGCCUCCACCCACAGGGACAAAGAGAGUGGGCGUCUUACAAGAGGGUUUGCUCCAUUUAUUUAAUUCUGAUAGAACAAACACAGCUAAAAAAAAGUUAUGGCAGAAUUAAAUUAAACUGUCCAAAAAAAUAUCCAAAACCGGAUAAGUGUUUGGAUUUUAAGGGUGAUCCAGGUCACCGUCUGGAUUCAGGAUUUUUUUUUUUUUUUAACUAUUGCGAGAUAGGGCCUAGCCUAGUUUUUUAUGUGACAAAAAUGAUGAAUCCUCAAAUGUCUGUUUUUUUUCUUAAUUCUUAUUUAAAAUACAAAUGAAGGUCGCUUGAUUAUAUUAUUUUUAAAUGACACAAUUUGGAGAUUCAUGCUUUUUUUUUGUCAUGUGUUGGCUGUCCAACCCAAUGUUUCUCCAAAUUGUAUGUUUUUUAAAAUCAAAAAUGUUUUUAGCUUAAAAAAAACAAAAAAAAACCGACUACAUUACAUUUGUGAACAUGAGGAAAGCCCAUGUGUUGCAAUGGGCAGAGACCCUUGUAAACAAACCCAUGCUGCUGUAAGUGUCCAUUAUGACAUGUACGUGGAGACCAAGUUAACACAAGUAGUUUCUUUUAGGUGUUAUCACAAGUCAAAUUGUGACUCUGGCGUGAGCUCCACUGAGUAUUUGUGUGUGGCUCAGGAGAUUUAGGGCAUUUUUUUUUGAAAGGGGGCAGGAUUAUGUUUAGCUUCUUCACAUCUCCUCUCUGCACUUGGAGAAGAAAAAAAACGAAAAAAAACACACUCAUAAACGUACACUUGAUUGUUGAUCAUGGUUCCUUUUAAAAGCUUGUCGGACUGCUGUUAAAAAGUUGCGUUUGUCGGGUCUAACCUUGUGUUUGAUCAUUGAAUUGUCACUUUUUUUUUUUUGUAGAUGUGAUAUUUGAUGGGGAAAAACAUUUUUUCUCUUUACUGCAGAAUGUUAGCUUAUUUUGCAUUGUAGAAGUGACUAGCUUUUCUUGCAUUGUAGAAGUGAAUGCAUUUCACCCUUGUAUUGGUUACCUAGAACCCCAAAAGACUUGCUCAUGUGUAGCAAAGCUCGUCAUGGUUAGCACAUUCUCUUUUUCUUUACAUCGGUGUCGGUAGAGAUUUCUAAACUGUACAUUAUAGCGCUAAAUUUUUCGAUUGUAGUGUUUGGAUUUUUUUUUAACUACUGACAAAACUGAAAGCAAGACACAUGUUUUCUAAAAGGCUGGAAAUUUAAUGUAUUUUUGGAUGUUAGAUUUCAGUUUUCCUGGAGCAUUUAAUUAUUAUUAAAAUGUCUGACAAUU